AUGGAUCAACCGCACAGCAGCCACAAGUCAGGAGGUGAUGGUGGAAGUGAGCAGGAUGGAGUAGCUGCAACGCAACAGGCAUCGGCGCAGAUAUGUAGCUAUGUCAAGCCCUGCAAAACGCCAGACAAGAAUCCUCGCAGGAACAUCAACACGGCCUCCUCAGUACAUGGCAGCCCAGCGACACAUGAGAAGGCAUCAAGGCCCGGCGGGGGCCCACACACCGCGACUGCGGAGCAGCAACGCAGAACCAAGCCAGCUGGAGGCCAAGCAUACAACGAAACCCGUCGUUGGGUCACUGGUGACAACAGCUUCGCUUUGAUAGCUGGCGGCACGCGAGAGCGCCGAAACGGCUUCGGAAUCGAUGAGACUCGUCGUGCAUAUGACGAGUGGCCGGUGUUGGGAGCAGGAAGUCCGAUUGGGCUGGAAGACAAGCCACCGAAGAGGUCGCUCUCUGCAGGAUCUGCCAAGGCUAGUGCUGUUGUGGACGCACUGAAGUUCGUUGGCUCGUGGGUGGAAGAGAAGUAG